AUGGAUGACGAUGGAGCUGAUAAAUUCUUUGAUCAAGCAACUUUACAGGUUACAUCAAUCGACUAUCUAAGAAUUUUAUCGCAACCGUUGCGAUUUCCUUUACGACGAAAACAGCGACAUCCUCACUUGGAGCGAUCUUCCAAUCGUCAUCAUCGUCAUCAACAACUAUCUGCUGCUGCUAAUUUUAUUUUUAAUUCAGGAUUUUUUACCGAUGAUUUUUAUAAGCAAUUUUUAAAAAUUUAUGCGCAAUAA